AUUUGCAGCCAAAACCCUCGCUGUCUCGCCCCCGUCCCCGUCCCCCUCCCAGUGGUCAGAUCGAGCGCAGGCCCGAUUCGAUUCGAGCCGCCGCGGCCGGAAGGAAUCACGCGAACCACCCGGAAGCCCUAGGCGAUGGCGACCCACCCGGCCUCCCCGACCGCGGACGCCGGCGGCGACAGGUCGCCGUCCGGGCCGCCGCCGGUUCGCCUGUCCGCGGCGCAGGCGGUGGCGGCGAUCCAGCCCAACUCGCCGCGGUACUUCUUCUCGUCGCUCGCCGCCGCCAACGCCGCGGCUUCCUCCCCUCACCGCCGCAUCGCCGUCGCCGUCGACCUCUCCGACGAGUCCGCCUUCGCCGUCAAGUGGGCCGUCCAGAACUACCUACGCCCCGGAGACGCCGUCGUGCUGCUCCACGUCCGCCCCACCUCCGUCCUCUACGGCGCCGACUGGGGCUCCAUCCCCGUCUCCGUCGAAGACGACCUCGACGGCGACGCAACCGAGGGCGCCGGGCCGACGCCCGCCGAGGAGCCCGAGGAGGCGAAGAAGAAGCGGGAGGAGGACUUCGACGCCCUCACGUCCACCAAGGCGCAGGACCUCGCACAGCCGCUCGUCGCCGCGCAGAUCCCCUUCAAGAUCCACAUCGUUAAGGACCACGACAUGAAGGAGCGACUCUGCCUCGAGGCCGAGCGCCUCGGCUUGUCCGCUAUGAUAAUGGGCAGCCGGGGCUUCGGCGCCUCGCGCAGGGCCGGGAAAGGCAGGCUUGGGAGCGUCAGUGACUACUGCGUGCACCACUGCGUCUGCCCCGUGGUGGUUGUGCGCUACCCUGACGAUGCCGCGGCAGCAGGUGGAGACGCCCUGGGGGAUGAGCUGCGCACAGUGCCUGAGGAUGAGCCUGUGUAUCAUGAGGCCCCAGAGGGGCAGAAAGCGACCAAGAUGCAUGGACAUCUACACGCAGCCUCUCUUGUUCCCUCAUGAUAUUGAAAAUACCUACUUAAACUUAGAAAAGUGAGUUAACAUGAGUGGAGAAAGCGAGGCUUCCACGGUGGCGAUCCCUAUGCAACAUGAGUGGCUCCUUCGUCCACUCUGCCUUGCAUCUUUGUGUUUGUAUCAGAAGUUGUAGAUUAUGAACUAGUCUUUGUUGCUCUGCUUUGUGACUUUUUUUAUAUUAGUAAAACGGAAACUAUGUUCCUGCGUAUAUGAAUCACUGUAAGCCUGUUUCUGCU